GCUCUACUGCGGCCGCCCCCGCCUCACCAUGCGAGGGAUUUGGAGCCAAGUGAUUACCCUCGGGGUAAUACUUCAUGUCGCUCUAGUCACCGGCAAGGCGUUGCUACCGCAGCAUCAACAGGCACAGCAGGUGGAACAGACGGUCCAGUCCAACAGCAUACAGAAACGAGUGGGCUACGACUAUCCCGCGCCGCCGCUGGAUUUAGUCAACCCGUUUCAGGAUCACGACAACUUACAACCGCACGGCGAUCACCAUGAGGUGAUCGACGAUCAUCACGAUCAUCAUGACUUCGACCAUCACGACGUCCACGACCACCACGACAUACACGAUCACCACGACUUACACGACGAGCAUGUCGAGGAGCACCACGUGGACGAUCACCACGAUCACCAUGACCACCACGACCCAGGAUACUGGAAAAAGAAACUUAUCUGGAAGCCCGGAUGGAAGAAAAUUUGGAAACCGGCUAAGAAACAAAUAUGGAAGCCUUCCUGGAAGAAAAUCUGGAAACCCAUCUGGGUUCCGACGAAAAUUCCCGUUUGGAAAGAAAUUAAGGUCCCAGAUUGGAAGAAAAUUUACAAACCCGUGUGGAAACCGAUAAAAGUCCCGGCCUGGAAGGAAGUUAAGGUACCCGACUGGAAGAAAAUCACUGUCCCGGUAUGGAAAAAUAUCGUAGUGCCCGGUUGGAAAGAUAUACAGGUUCCGGCCUGGAAAAAGAUAUACGUACCUGAAUGGGUCAAAGAAGGUGUCCCCGGUGAAAAAUAUCUAGGCAAAGACCACGAGGGUUGGGAGUACACGUCUCAUGAUUUAUGGAGAAAGAAAUUGAUCUGGAAGCCUGUAUGGAAGAAAUAUUGGAAACCGGCUAAGAAACAAAUUUGGAUUCCCGACAAGAAACUCGAAUGGAAGGACGAGUGGAAGCAAAUCUGGAGAACUGAGAAGAAGCAAAUCUGGAUUGACGACAAGAAACUGGUAUGGAAGGAAGCUUGGAAGCAGAUCUGGAAGCCAUCUAAGAAACUCAUCUGGGUACCGGACAAGAAACUCGAAUGGAAAGAAGCGUGGAAACAGAUUUGGGUACCGGACUGGAAGCAAAUUUGGGUGCCGGGAGUCAAGAAGAUCUGGAGACCGGUAUGGAUAUCGGAGUGGUUCCCUUCGCCUGAUCAUCAUGAGCACGUCCACGAGCACGAGUCUCACGGGUGGGACAGAAGUGACAACAAUGUAGCAGCCAGUCAAAAGGCAGCAGUUACAGUCAAACCACCAGCAAAGGAACCACCUGCCCAGCAGCAAAAAACGUGGCAGUUUCCGAAAUAGCUUGUAGACUAACGAUGUAGUUGUUACCACUUAUGCACGAGGUCUAGAAAAAGGAACUCUCUCGUCGCAUUCUAAUAGGUAAAACAUUUUGGCAAUAUUUAUAUAAUGUAUGCAAUGCGAAAUCUAGAUCUAGAAUGCGACGCGAUUGUUUCAACUAUUAUUGGACCAUGCAAUUUCUAAGCUUUAAUUCCUCAUUCGUCGCUGUGGUUGAGAACCCUCGAUAAAAAAAAUUGAGUGAUUCCAGUGUUAAGUGUAUCCGAUAGCUUAAAUUCGUUCUUCCGAAUGCUAUGAGCACCAAGGCAGCUUCUACCAAACCUUGAUAAUAUUUAUAGUAGAGUAAAGCAAGGUUGUUGGCGCAUAAGUUACCGAUAUAUUUAAAGUUACCAAUAAAAACCAAUUUGGUAGU